GGCGGAGGCCGGCCGGGGAGGCGGCCUCGGCGCACAGUAAUGGCAGCGCUGUGAGCAGGGAACGCGAGCUGACAGCCGCCACCACCGCCGCCGCCCACCUUCCUCGCUGGGGGCUUCGUCCUUCACUCCUUCGGGUUGCCUCCCCUCCCCUUGCCCCCUGCCCCUUGUCCUGCUUCUGCAGAAGAUUUCAACACUAAACUUGCACAAUGUCUUUGAAACCAAGAGUAGUAGAUUUUGAUGAAACAUGGAACAAACUUCUGACUACAAUCAAAGCAGUUGUCAUGUUGGAAUAUGUCGAAAGAGCAACAUGGAAUGAUCGCUUCUCAGAUAUCUAUGCUUUAUGUGUGGCCUAUCCUGAACCUCUUGGAGAAAGACUUUACACAGAAACUAAGAUUUUUUUGGAAAAUCACGUCCGGCAUUUGCACAAGAGAGUACUGGAGUCUGAAGAACAAGUACUUGUUAUGUAUCAUAGGUACUGGGAAGAAUACAGCAAGGGUGCAGAUUAUAUGGACUGCUUAUAUAGGUAUCUCAACACCCAGUUUAUUAAAAAGAAUAAAUUGACUGAAGCUGACCUUCAGUAUGGCUAUGGUGGUGUAGAUAUGAAUGAACCACUUAUGGAAAUAGGAGAGCUAGCAUUGGAUAUGUGGAGGAAAUUGAUGGUUGAACCACUUCAGACCAUCCUUAUCCGAAUGCUGCUUCGAGAAAUCAAAAAUGAUCGUGGUGGAGAAGACCCAAACCAGAAAGUAAUCCAUGGGGUUAUUAACUCCUUUGUUCAUGUUGAACAGUAUAAGAAAAAAUUUCCCUUAAAGUUUUAUCAGGAAAUCUUUGAGUCUCCCUUUCUGACUGAAACAGGAGAGUAUUACAAACAAGAAGCUUCAAAUUUAUUACAAGAAUCAAAUUGCUCACAGUAUAUGGAAAAGGUUCUAGGUAGAUUAAAAGAUGAAGAAAUUCGAUGUCGAAAAUAUUUACAUCCUAGUUCAUAUACUAAAGUGAUUCAUGAAUGUCAGCAACGAAUGGUAGCAGACCACUUACAGUUCUUACAUGCAGAAUGUCAUAAUAUUAUUCGACAAGAGAAAAAAAAUGACAUGGCAAAUAUGUAUGUCUUACUCCGUGCUGUGUCUACUGGUUUACCUCAUAUGAUUCAGGAGCUGCAAAAUCAUAUCCAUGAUGAGGGCCUUAGAGCAACCAGUAACCUUACUCAGGAAAAUAUGCCAACACUAUUUGUGGAGUCAGUUUUGGAAGUACAUGGUAAAUUUGUUCAACUUAUCAACACUGUUUUGAAUGGUGAUCAACAUUUUAUGAGUGCAUUGGACAAGGCCCUUACAUCAGUUGUAAAUUACAGAGAACCCAAGUCUGUCUGCAAAGCACCUGAAUUGCUUGCGAAGUACUGUGACAACUUACUAAAGAAGUCAGCAAAAGGGAUGACUGAGAAUGAAGUAGAAGACAAACUUACGAGUUUCAUUACUGUUUUCAAAUAUAUUGAUGAUAAGGAUGUUUUUCAAAAGUUCUACGCAAGAAUGCUGGCAAAACGUUUAAUUCAUGGGUUAUCUAUGUCUAUGGAUUCUGAAGAAGCCAUGAUCAAUAAGUUAAAGCAAGCCUGUGGUUAUGAGUUUACCAGCAAGCUACAUCGGAUGUAUACAGAUAUGAGUGUCAGUGCCGAUCUCAACAAUAAGUUCAACAAUUUUAUCAAAAACCAAGACACAGUAAUAGAUUUGGGAAUCAGUUUUCAAAUAUAUGUUCUACAGGCUGGUGCAUGGCCUCUUACUCAGGCUCCUUCGUCUACAUUUGCAAUACCCCAGGAAUUAGAAAAAAGUGUACAGAUGUUUGAAUUAUUUUAUAGCCAGCAUUUCAGUGGAAGGAAACUUACAUGGUUACAUUAUCUCUGUACAGGUGAAGUUAAAAUGAACUAUUUGGGCAAACCAUAUGUAGCCAUGGUUACAACAUACCAAAUGGCAGUUCUUCUUGCCUUUAACAACAGUGAAACUGUCAGCUAUAAAGAGCUUCAAGACAGCACUCAGAUGAAUGAAAAGGAACUGACAAAAACAAUCAAAUCAUUACUUGAUGUGAAAAUGAUUAACCAUGAUUCAGAAAAGGAAGACAUUGAUGCAGAAUCUUCAUUUUCAUUAAAUAUGAACUUCAGCAGUAAAAGAACAAAAUUUAAAAUUACUACAUCAAUGCAGAAAGAUACACCACAGGAAAUGGAGCAGACUAGAAGUGCUGUGGAUGAGGACCGGAAAAUGUAUCUUCAAGCUGCUAUAGUUCGUAUCAUGAAAGCACGAAAAGUGCUUCGGCACAAUGCGCUUAUUCAAGAGGUGAUUAGCCAGUCAAGAGCUAGGUUUAAUCCAAGUAUCAGCAUGAUUAAGAAAUGUAUUGAAGUUCUGAUAGACAAACAAUACAUUGAACGCAGCCAAGCGUCCGCAGAUGAAUACAGUUACGUCGCGUGAUGUUGCUCUCCUCCAGUGUGGGUGUGAGAAGAUCAUUGCCAUCACCAUUCGGUGUGUUCCUGUGGGAAAAAGCAGGCCUGUGCCUCCAUAAUUUGGUCAUUUGGCAGCCCCUGUUUUUCUGCUGUUUACAACAUCACCAGUGCCACGUCAUGAGCGUCAAAGAAAAUGCCUAGAGAUAUUUCAAGCUCAUGUCAUUAUGACAUUUCUUAAAACUUUUAAAAGAAUGAGUGAAGUAUUGCUGAAAUGUGGAAAUUUGGUUGGGUACCAUGCUUUCUCUCCCCUUCACGUUUGCAGUUGAUGUGUUUUUUUUUUUUUUUUAAUGUAUCUUAAAGGACAUAAAAUAAAAACUUAAAUAUUGUAAUAUGACAGAUAACAUAAUAAUUGUAUCUACAUUAAAAUGACAAACAUGAUAUUGCUGCUUGUCAAAUAAAAAAAAUAAAGAAAUAGAACGCC